GGUAAUAGGAUUGUGGCUUCUCUCUGGGGCAGCCACGAAGGCCAUGGCCGUUUGGUCGGCAACGGGUGCUUAGCAACCCUGACCCCCUGCCUGCUGAGGAGCCAAAGCCCCCAGCCAGGACCGUGUGCCCCUGGCUGGCCUCACGUGCAUGGAAUGGUGCUGUGCCUGGUGCCAGCAGGCUGGGAUCACCAUGGUGCCGGGUGCCCUCCUGGCACGAGGGAAGGAUGUUUGUAAGCGGAAUGGACUGCUCAUCCUGUCUGUGCUAUCUGUCACUGUGGGCUGCCUUCUCGGCUUCUUCCUGAGGACCCAGCGCCUCUCACCACAGGAAAUUAGUUACUUCCAGUUUCCUGGGGAGCUCUUGAUGAGGAUGUUGAAGAUGCUGAUCCUACCACUGGUGGUCUCCAGCUUGAUAUCCAGCCUCGCCUCUCUGGAUGCCAAGACCUCCAGCCGCCUGGGCAUCCUCACUGUGGCAUACUACCUGUGGACCACCUUCGUAGCAGUCGUCGUGGGCAUCAUCAUGGUCUCCAUCAUCCACCCAGGUGGGGCGGCCCAGAAGGAGGAGACGGAGCAGAGUGGGAAGCCUGUCAUGAGCUCAGCGGACGCCCUGCUCGACCUCAUCCGGAACAUGUUCCCGGCCAACCUGGUAGAAGCCACAUUCAAACAGUACCGCACCAAGACCACGCCCGUUGUCAAGUUCCCCAAAGUGGCAUCGGAGAAGGGCUCUUCUCGGCAGAUCCUCAUCUAUGGGGUCCAGGAAGAGAAUGGCUCUCACAUUCAGAACUUCGCCCUGGACCUGACCCCACCGCCUGAGGUCAUUUACAAGUCAGAGCCUGGCACCAGCGAUGGCAUGAAUGUGCUGGGCAUUGUCAUGUUCUCUGCCACCAUGGGCAUCAUGCUGGGCCGCAUGGGUGACAGCGGGGCCCCCCUGGUCAGCUUCUGCCAGUGCCUCAAUGAGUCUGUCAUGAAGAUCGUGGCAGUCGCUGUGUGGUACUUCCCCUUUGGUAUUGUGUUCCUCAUUGCCGGCAAGAUCCUGGAGAUGGAUGACCCCACAGCCGUCGGAAAAAAGCUGGGCUUCUAUGCAGUCACUGUAGUGUGCGGGCUGGUGGUCCAUGGCCUCUUCAUCCUGCCCCUGCUCUACUUCUUCAUCACCAAAAAGAACCCUGUCGUCUUCAUCCGCGGUGUGCUUCAGGCCCUGCUCAUUGCACUGGCCACCUCCUCCAGCUCGGCCACACUGCCCAUCACCUUCAAGUGCCUGCUGGAGAACAACCACAUCGACCGGCGCAUCGCCCGCUUUGUGCUGCCCGUGGGCGCCACCAUCAACAUGGACGGCACUGCGCUCUACGAGGCUGUGGCUGCCAUCUUCAUUGCCCAGGUCAACAACUAUGAGCUGGACUUCGGCCAGAUCGUCACCAUCAGCAUCACAGCCACUGCAGCCAGCAUCGGGGCAGCUGGCAUCCCCCAGGCCGGGCUCGUCACCAUGGUCAUCGUGCUCACCUCCGUGGGACUGCCCACUGACGACAUCACCCUCAUCAUCGCUGUCGACUGGGCUCUCCCCUGUGCGACUGGACAGUCACAGGCCCACGAAGCCGGCCUGCAUCAACUCUCGCCAGCAGCACUGAAGGAGUGGCAGGCUGAAGAGGACCGGGAAAGUGCUUCACUGUGCGCUCUGCCCUGGCAGCUGGGCAGGGGCUGCUGGGGUGGGCAGUGCCCUCUCCCAGCUCCCCUCACACGUGCCCACCACUCACCACCCACCAGGGACCGCUUCCGCACCAUGAUCAAUGUGCUGGGUGAUGCACUGGCCGCCGGGAUCAUGGCCCACGUCUGCCGGAAGGACUUUGCUCAGGACAGCGGCACCGAGAAACUGCAGCUCUGCGAGACCAAGCCAGUGAGCCUCCAGGAGAUUAUGGCGACCCAGCAGAACGGCUGUGUGAAAAGCGUAGCUGAGGCCUCAGAGCUGACCCUGGGCCCCACCUGUCCCCAUCAUGUCCCCAUUCAGGUGGAGCAGGACGAGGAGUCGGCUACCCCCAGCCUGGACCACUGCACCAUUGAAAUCAGCGAGCUUGAGACCAAUGUCUGAGCCUGUAGAGCUGUGGAGGCCGGGGGAGGCUUCCAGGGUUGGGCAAAGGGGAUGAUCUCAAUUUACUACUUUCCUGAGCAGCCGAGAGGCACUAGCCUCACACGUUCUUCCCACCCUUGAGAGCUGGGAAUUCGCUCCACUCGACAGAACAUGGAGUCUCAGAGAAGAAACCCCAGCUGGGGAGUGAUGGCGGCGUAGCCCAGCUCUGACUGACUUCCCUCCGGCAUGGCCCGUGAGGACAGCAGGCAGGGCUGUGCUCUGUACUUUCUGGAUGACAGAGUUA